UUGCAGUGGAACGUUCUAUUGAGUGUCGCCUCUUGGUCAUUCUGCUCUUUGGUGUAACUCGUCUUGUAUGUAGCCGUGUGCGCCGGAUGACUGAUGGGGAUCUGCAGUGUGUGUUGUUACUGAGCUCGGAUGUUUUACAUGUUUGAGUGCAUAGUAAAUGUCAUUCAAACAACACUGCCAUAUUUACAUCUGUGAGCAGGGUUUUGCAUGAAAGCUAAAGCAUAAAACGUCUGUCGAGACGAUUCGUUCAGUGUGCUGUCGCAGAUAACUGCUCGAUCUGAUCAGGACAUUGGGUUUCUUCAGUCGAGUUUGUUGUUGCUCUUUUGACCUUCAGUCAGCCUGUGAUUCCAUUACCAAUGGACACGCUGCUUCACCUGCUGUUUUUCUCAGGACUCUGUUCAUUUGCUGUGAGCAUCCCACGUGACUAUGUUCUAAUUCCGCAACAGAAGACUUGGGUCCAGGCACAAACAUUUUGCAGACAGAAUCACAUUGAUUUGGCCACGGUUCAGAGCAAUGAAGACUAUGGAAAUCUACAACAAACGGUGUAUAAUAAGGCAACGAUGGCUUGGAUUGGCCUCUAUGAGGACAUAAAUAGCUGGCGCUGGUCUUAUAGAAAUAUGAAAAUCGUGUUCUCUACUUGGAGUGCUGAAGAACCAAACAACUUCAAUGGUAAAGAGGCAUGUGGUUUGACCCAGGACGGCAACUGGAACGACUGGAAUUGCAGUAUACUAUUUCCAUUUGUUUGCUUACAUGAAAAUGGAACAGACCGGUUCGUUUUUAUCAGUGAUGCAAAGACCUGGCCGGACGCUCAGAGUUACUGUAGGCAACAUUACACAGACCUGGCCGUCAUUCAGAAUAAACUUGAGAAUUCGCUGGUGAGAAGUCAGAUGAAGCCCUACUCGAGUGCUUGGAUCGGUCUGUUCAGAGACACGUGGAAAUGGUCCGAUGGUACAAAUGUCUCCACUUCCUCCUUUGCCUGGCCGGGUAAACAACCAAAAAUGAAUACUCUUCAAAUACCCUGUGGAGUUUCAGACUCUGGUGGCUUGACCAGUUAUCAGAUCUGCUCAAGCGCCCUUCCCUUCCUCUGCAUCCUCCGUGCAAAGAAACAGAUUGUGAGAGUGAUGGUGAAAAAUAUUCAGAAUCGAAAUGACCCAGCAGCGAUGGAGGGUAUCGUAGACUGGAUAAGCCAGAUGCUGAAGAAAUGGGGUCUAGAAACGCAAACAAAAGUGACGUUGAGAAUUCAGCCAGACGGAAACGUCUUCACACUUUUCAAGAAACCAUGCAAACAAAACAUGUGUCAGUCAGAAGCUGCAGAGCACUGCUAACUCACAGACGUGUUCAACUCUGUCCUUGUAAAGUCAACAAUAUGUCUUAAGGGGACGUUCAGAUAAAGUCUAACUAUGCGGUGCCAUGACUAAUAUGUUUUGUUUACUGUUUUGUUCGAUCAUCCUAACGUAUGGAUUAAUGAUUAUGUAAAUAAUUUCAGUUAUUUUAGCGUGGCUUCCUGACAGAAUCACUUGAAUUAGCUCAUGUCGACACAUGUAACGUGGACCGUACGGGAACAUUAAGUUCUUAAAACAUCUUUGUAAUUGUUAAAUUGUAUUUUUGCUUGUUUGCUUUAUAUCUGUUCAAAUAAAACGACUAGAAGUGU